GUGGCAAUCACGGUGGAAAAAACCUUUCAUAAUCAGCGGGUAUCGUUCUCGUCUUUGUUACUAAAUUUUAACUACUAGCAUCGGUUUUAGUUUAUAAAAAUAUCCUGAGCCUUUCGCUUUUCUGCUGUAUUCCGCAUUUUUUUUUUCUCGUUGUAAAAACUCAGCGUUGAAAUUGCCCACUCUGUGGAGUCAACAUGCCUUAUGCUCCCUCAGUAUGUAAUAGCGUAAUUGUUUAUACGCAGUGUUUAAUUGAUGAAAAGGAAGGCAGCCCAUAGUCUUAACGCAAAAAAAAGUCACCUGGUAGGUUUUGCGGUAGAGAAAACCUUUAAUACUCAGCGGGUAGUACGACCCAGUUGAAAAUAACCCUGCUCCGACUGACGACUUGGGAGGUGUAAAGAUGUGCUGACUGACUCUUUGACUGGCCGUACGAAUGUUCCACAGAUUCCGUGAGGAGGAUCAUGCUUGAGCUUUGGAUUCCCGCUUGUCUAAGCGGAGUGCCACUACUAGAAGCCCUCAAGAAGUUUGGUGCACUAUAGAAGUACAACUGGUGUCUGGUCGCGCAGACUCCUUCUCAACUUUGACGACGCCAUCUUGAUGAAGCGCUGCGGUUCCUCUAGAAGUACUUACUUAAACUGCUUUCCUUCGGGACAACGACAAGUCUGUGAUUGUGUAUGAUAGAUACAGGUGAGUGUCCUUAUUAUUCCCUCUACUUGAUCCCUUCACAAAAAAAAUCAUAGAAGUGGGAAUCCGAACGACGGCAGUGGAAAGCCAAUUUCGUUCGACUUCUACAUCAGGUUACAACAUCACGUGACCGGGAAGUUUAAACCGUUGCGCCCACGACAACUUGUUCAAUCUUCCCUACCGCUCUGGCGCUGCAGCUACUGUACGACAGCGACUACGACCGCCACUACUACUUUCACUACUACUGGUGCUCCUACUCGUCUCCUUCAAGUCCUACUACUUCCACUUAUACUACCGCUGCUGCGUUCUAUUUGUCACUGGAGCUUCUUUGGGUUGCAAGGAUGGCGCGAGGCAGCGGUCGAUCGCGAGUGUCUCCCAGCGACGACAGCGAUGACGGGGAAUCCGAAGAAGGGUCAGAAACGCGUCCUCUUGUUAUGACAUUUCAUUGAUCCCUCUUGCGUCGAUAAGUAUGUGACUCUAAAAGUUCUUUCAGCAAUGUUUUCGAUUUGAAUCUACAAGGAGCUUGGUACCAAGUAUAGACGAGUGGAUUUCAAUUAUAACAUUAGUCUUUGUUUCCUAGAUAGACGUGCUCCACCGGUAUUAUAACAUUAGUCUUUGAAACUCUCAUAUAAAUGGUCUCGAUACCGAAGCAAUCACUGGACGUCUUUACGUUUGCGCCGUGGCAAAAGGUCGCUACCUUUCUUUUCUUCGUCAUAGUGUUAUGAGUCAUAUAUAGAAGUCGGAUUUAGCUAAUAUGCUGUGCUGCAACAUCAUUCUUAUAAGUAGGAUUUCCUGAAGCUGGCAGAAGAUGUGUUUUUCAUUAUAUCAAUGCACCUUGUCAGUUUCUUUCAAUUAUCUUGUUGACUGAGGCCUAAGACGAUGCAUGAUAUUCACCACCUUUCCUCCUUCAUCUGUCGGAUGCAGCACUUUCUCGAGCUAUGUGCCCUACGUGGUUUCCUGGGUGGUCGAUUCUCCCUCUUGGAGCUUCAUUUAUGGCUCUCCCAACUCUACUCUUCGUGCAGAAAGAUCAACCGGUUGAUUUUUCCCUCAUAUCCUAGGUUUAUCCCACCAAGCAAUAUAUCAUUAGGGGAACUUAGGGACACCUUUACUACCUUAGGGAUAUCUACUUCGCUACAUGUUCAUUAUCUUAGGGACAUGUACUGCACUACAUUUCUUCAUUACCUUAGGGACAUCUAGUGUUGCAGCACUAAGCUACUAUUAUACGAAAGAUGUUUUUGGCUCUUCAGUAGCCAACCAACAUGUCUGGCUCUUUAUCACGCAGACCAGAACCUAACCUAAGAUAACCAAACACGUUACAGAUGCGGCGUUCAGUAGUCAACCAUGUCUGCUAGUGAACCUAGUAGAGCCACGCCUAACCUAAUCUAACCUAAACUAACGACCCUAAGAUGAACAUGUAAGUUAUGGACUUAUCGGAUAGUGUCGAAACACUAAUUAAGUUAUAUGUCGCUUAGCGUCAAAAGAUACCUCCAGAACAGGUAAAUGAAUGAAUGAAUGAAUGAAUGUAUAAAGCUCUAAGUCAUGGACUUAUCGGACAGCUCUAGGUCAAGCUGUGCUGACGAAGGAACACCGCUCAAGUCAGAGAGCGAUGGCGUGGUUAUGGCAAAGGAAACAGUAAAGUCAAAACUUCAGAGCUUAAACGUUUCUUCCCCCCUCCCUUGCUUUUUGGACUGUACGUUCUUUGGGCUAGCAAAAUAGUGACAUCGAUCUUUUUAGUACAUAAAACAUGUGUCUAUGUAGUAACGGCUAAUUUUCCCUCGUUUUAUGCCCUUAAUGACAUAAUAAAACGUCUAUGCAAUACGCUCUAACAAUGAAGAUGACAAAGAAGAUGAGGGAAGUGAGACUGAAGAAGGGAGGGAAGAUAAAAGAGAUGUCGGCGGUCGUGACAAAUCCACUUCUGGAGGCACAGCGGAUCGUGGUGCUUCUAGCCAGAAGAGCAAAAAGUCUGGCAAAGGGAACAAUGGUGGUAAGCCUGCCAAAGGGGACAAUGGUGGCAAGCCUGCCAGUGGGGGCGAAGGUGAUCAGCCUAGGAGAGGUAGCAAGACUCACGAGGCAUCCAAAGUUGGCGCUUUUGUCUCGAAUGCGGAAUCUGGUACGCCUUCCAAGAAAAAAGGUGGAGGUGUUACGCCUAUGGAAGAAAAAGAAGAGGUUUUGCUUCCCGCUGGUCCAGCACAAAACGGCGGUGAACCUCCCGAAGGCAGGGACGGUCAGGAUGGAACUGGGAGCGAGAAGGAUGGCGAUGAAAGUGAGCGGGACGAGAACGGCGAUGAGGAUGGAACUGCGGCUGACAGAGUUAGGGCCACAACAAGAUCCAUGAAAUCACUAAAUAUUUGUUCUUUAUUGAUGAUCAAGGCUUUUCAAGAUUGACAGGGACAUUUGUCAAUGUAUGGAAGAAAAUGUAUCGGGAGUUGGAAUGAGGAUGGCAGCUGCUCUAAUCAUGAAGCUAGUAGCAAGGGAGGCGAUCCCGAUGAUGCUGCGCUAGACCUGGGGAAGUGCGAAAAUGGAGAGGCACCAUCGUGGGCGACGGUGGAUCGACGUGGUGAACGUCCUGAAAGCGAGAAACCGAGCGUUGGAGACGCGCUCAUUUCCAAGAAGGAUGAAAUAACAAAAUUGUCAGAUAGCGUUAUGGCUAAUUUUUCAUCAAAUCGUCAUCGUAUGUAACAUCUUCUGAGUACAUCUUCUGAGUGGAUGACUUACGUCAAUUAUGACUAACAAAUACGUAAAAACUAUAUGAUGUUGCUCACUAUACAUUUACAAAGAUGUCUUGGUCUAUAUUGAUGGGUCUUCCAGCGGAAGAAAUAUAGCUAGUUGCUUAACGACCUCCGCAUACGGUGAAAGUCUCUCUCUAAUUGCGGAAAAGCUAGGUGCGCAAAACUCCGCCAGGACUCAGCUGAAAUCGAUAAGUGGCUUUCGAAGGAGCAGGUCCCGUGGCUUACGAAGGAGCAGGUCCCGGAGGCAUGCGGAGAGAAGUCGGGUCUUAAGAAGAAGCUUGCUCUUCAUCUUCGAGAGUGCACACGAGGUAUUUAGAAAUACAUGGUUUUUGAGAUUGAUCGGCGGCUGUUCUAAUAGUUCGGGGUGCGUAAUUUUCGAGCUGCUGAAGACACGACAGGCUGUGUCUGGCGAACAAGUGAAGGCCGGCUCAAAAGAUUGGAUUCGUCUCAAGCACGAUACAAAAGCGAGGUGCUACGCGGCAGAUAUGGGCACCGAAAAUCGAGAGGAUGCAUAUACAACGGCCUGUGCGGGCAAAGAUAUUGGAAAACAAUGUAAGUUAGGGUUGAUGUCUAAUAACUACGUAGUGCAUGAGUGACUUAUUUGAAUAUUUAACGAAUGUAGAUUUUUUUUUAUAUUUUUUUCAACGGAUGAAAGAAUGUAUGUGCGUGGAUGAAUCUGUAUCUAUCAUGAAUCCUUUAACUCCAAGAAUAGCACUUUAAGAUAAGCUGUCUUCUUCAUUCACUCUAAUAUGAAUCACGAGCAAGGACGGGAACGGCAAAGAGGUCGUUAACAAAGGGCAAUGCUUCGAGAACUGGACUCGUUCGAGAGGAGAUCUGACUCAAGAAUCCCUCAAUGUGAGAUAUAAACGGGGAAUUAUGCAAAAAACCUUUCGCAGAGCCAGUUAAGGCUAUCAAGAAUACAUCCUCAACGAUGACAUCUUUGGCUUUGCUUCUCUUUGAAAAAAAAGUCAAGGAUGCUGACGAGAAUGUGAAUGCGGUAUCUACUCUAAGCAAGAUGCGAGUGCGGCAUCCUGAAAGAGUGGCGUCAGGAGACUCAGAAUAUGACGCCGAAGGAAACUGCAGAGGAGCAGGUGGAGGAAGCUUCGGACGGGGAGGCGGAGGAAACUGCGGAUGAGUAGGCGUAGGGAGAGCCGGGUAUCGAGGUAGAGGAAGAGGACCAUUCGGGUUCGGACGAGCAGUAGCAUGUGGAUGGGGGUGAUGGAGGAGGUGAUGGAGAAUAGAAGAUGGCUCUCCAGAGAAGAGAAGAAUAGAAAUCGAAGUUAGUGUGGUGUCGGACAUUGCUCAUGAAGUAGGUUCGUAGUAUUUUUUGAUCAGCUCAAGUAGAUUGUUGUGAAAUUAGUCGUAAGUACAGGUCAUGAAGAUGAACAAAUUUUGUUGUUAGUCCACCACUAGCGAAGCAAUCAACGUUAAAGAAAUAUUGUAGUACCCUCAACAUCAAGGAUAUCAUGAGGAGGACCACAUGUGUUGUAGUGCUCUCAGUAGUGUCCUCAACGUCAACGAGGUCAUGAGGGAGAAGAAGAACUAAGAGGAAACGGAGAAAAUAACUAGAGGCAUUUCUUACUUCAUAUUCUUCCGUAUUGCUCACUACCGUUUUCUUUCCUCUUUGUCCUGAAAUUAACUUAUCUCUUUUUGUCGGAUACUGUUGUUUUAAAAAAGAGUCAUACAACAUCAUCCUGCGAAGGUAAGAUACAGAUACCCUCAGCGAGAAAUGACAAGUCUGACCAGAUAAGAUGGAAAAAAUGAAGGUUAAGGAUGUUGACUGCCAAGAUGCUAUCGUCCCAAACAAAAGAGCACUACAAGAGAACAAGACCACUUCAAAGAGUUUUCUGCAAAUUCAAACCCCUGACCUCAGAGGCAAAAUUUGAAGCAGGGAACCAGUUUAUCCCUCGAUGCGGUCUAAUAGAAAGGGGUAGAGGGGGCGUAAUAAGAUCAGAGAAAAUGGUAGUUGAAAGAUAAAUAUAAGUUGGUAGUGGUCCUUCUGUGGCUGCACAUGUUCG